AUGCCCCCAAACUUCCCCAACCUCCUGUCCCCCGCCUUCCUAACCUUCUCCACCUGUCCUCUCAACCCCACCGUCGAUCUCUCACGCACUGCACCUACCGUUGAAGCAUCACCCGGAACCCCCCGAAAAACAUAUCUUUUAGCAACAAUAUCCCAAAACAUGACACUCUCCACCACUCCUACUUUUAUUUGCACAGAUUCAGCUAGCGUGUCAUUUGCACUAACGGUUAUUCUCGAGGCGCCAUUAACGCCUGCGCAAUUGGAGGGGAGUGUGAGUGGAAACGGGGAUGGGAAUAGAGGUGGGGAUGAAUUUGAUAUCAAGAAAUUAAAGAAAGGGCAUACGGUUGUGGUGCCGAAUCCGAGGAGACACGGGGUCCGGGAGGGAAAACAGGGAUACAUCAGGUGUGCGUGGGCUGAUCUUGUUGCAGAUUAUCCCGACAUCCUUGGAGAGAUUACUAGGAAUAAGUAA